CGCACCUCGACGAGACAAAUCGCUUAAAGGUCGAGGGACUCAACAGAAAUGGAAACUAUCAUUUCUGGUCUGCACAGAAAAUUUUCAGAGAAGUCAUGGAACGAGACGUUUCAACUUGUGAGAAGAUGUAUGGAUAAAUCCAGAGAUGAAUCCAAACCGUGUGAACCCUUGAUGAGAUCCAUGCAACGGCUCCAGGAGGUUUUUAAUGUGUCCUCCAUCAAUGGCAUGAAAACUCGACUGGAAACUAUUGCUAAACAACAAGGGCUGGGCUUCCAUGUCAGAGAUGGCACAUGUUAUCUGACUGCAGACCUCUUCUACCUGGAGGUGGUGCUGUUGCCCUGUGGGGAAGUGGAGGUGGUCAAAGUGGCCCCACUCGGAGGGGCCCCUGUGCCCAGUGAGUCAUUUCUGGAGGUGCUGAGAUCUAAAGAUUUUGCUAAGUUUUCAAAGAGGCUUGGAGAUCUUUUCAGCCAGUACAACAUCCCUGGAGACAAUGAAUUAAAACUGAAACUGUUUGAGUCCCUGCAAGCCUUGGGAAAAGAUUUAGAGCAAAUAUCACAUUUACCAAGGACCUCAGUUGACCCUAGUUCUCAAACUGACCACAUAAACAAUGGCAUUGUUGGCACGGUUACAUUUGGAAAAGAAGAUUGUCCAUUGACUGUUCAGUUCUUUGUGUCUCCUGACAUUGGAUUGACUCCUGUUUCUGAGGCACAGGUCCACACAGCCCAGCUGACCAUCGGGCUCAGCGAUGUUCCCCAUCGCCUCCAGGUGGCAUCCUCCAUCUCCCAGCCUCCACAGCUUGAUGCACACGGAUACCCCAUGUUUAAAUCUCCAAAUGAAGUGCCAUGUGAUCAGGUGCCAGCCUGUUUCCUGCUUAAGCUGGAGCCGGCAGUUGCAAUGGUGCCAUCUUUGUGGAACAGGCUCAGUCAGAUCACUGAUUUGCCAGUACCAGAUGUUGACCUGCAGUGGGCACCAUUGCCCAAUCGUCUGAGUACAGACAGCCAUAAGGAGACUUCAGAUGGCCAGGAUGUGAUUUCUGCUGUGACUGUAGAAGGCAGGAUGCACACAUAUGUUUUCCCAGCAGAAGCGUGGGAGGGGCAUAGAGGCACUUUGGUGGAUACUGUUUCCUUCACCCAUCUGUCCCAUGUGCCGGCCUUACUCAAGGUGCUGCGUCACCAGUGUGCCAUUAACUCUGCGCUGAUGAGUGCAAUAACACCCAAAUGUCCAAGUCUCUUCUCUGAGCUGCAUUUUGAAGUCCUCCCAGAGACCAACACAAGCUUCACUGUCACCUUCCACAGACCUGACACAGACUCUCUUGCUGUCUUGGUGGUGGACGUCCCUGGCUCUCAUCAGGUGACCUGCAGACUGUUUGGGGCAGGACUGGACGAUCCAUCAUUGGAAGAAUGCAUCUCUGCUGUUAUGAGGAGGUGCCAUUCCCUCCCUAUGACACUGCAGACCUUAUACAGUAAACUGAGUGAGAGAACCUCCUGCCCAGCUCUCCUCAGCAGUCCAACCAGCACAGAGCAGGCAGACAAUGACCACGUGUCUCCCUCCGACGUCUCCUGCGCCAUGGACACAGACGACACCUCCAACACAUUCUCCCAUGAUCCCACUGUGCCAGAGGACCACGCCACGGCUCUGUCCAGUUACGCCGCUGUGUCUGUAUCCCAGUCUGAGCUAGUGCCUGAAAUAAACCCGAGUCCGCCUGUCGACCCCUAUCCCAUUGCUCCCGUGGGUGUGUUUUCACCUUGGAUGACCAAUAAUGACCAACUAGCAGAGCUCAUUUAGUUGUUUUAAAGGGCAUAUGAUUUUCAUGUUUUUCUAAUUGU